CUCUGUUUCCAAAUACAGGCAUGUCGUUUUCAUUGUGGAGGAAGAGAAUCAGAAACCUGUAAAAUGAGUGUGUGUGAGGAGAAUGAGCAGGAGGCUUCAGUUUCUAUGAAGAGUAACAACUCCAUGAUUAUUCCUCCGGAUCUCAGCGAUGUUGACGCUCAGAGAACAGCAUCUUCAGGAUUGAGCUGUGUUUCUAUGAAGAGUAACAACUCCAUGAUUAUUCCUCCGGAUCUCAGCGAUGUUGACGCUCGGAGAACAGCAUCUUCAGGAUUGAGCUGUGUUUCUAUGAAGAGUAACAACUCCGUGAUUAUUCCUCCGGAUCUCAGCGAUGUUGACGCUCGGAGAACAGCAUCUUCAGGAUUGAGCUGUGUUUCUAUGAAGAGUAACAACUCCAUGAUUAUUCCUCCGGAUCUCAGCGAUGUUGACGCUCGGAGAACAGCAUCUUCAGGAUUAAGCUGUGUUUCUAUGAAGAGUAACAACUCCAUGAUUAUUCCUCCGGAUCUCAGCGAUGAACCCGCUGCUACCUUUGACUCUAUUGCGACCAGCAGAAAGAGAAAGAGAGCAGCCUCUCCACAGCAGCCCCCUGAUCUCAGUCAUAAAUCUGCGCACCUUGAUCCUGUAUGUAUGGCACCUUCACAGACCUUCCCAUACUCCUACAGUCAGAACCACUUCAGUCAUUCUGACACAGAAGCAGAUCUGAAGCUCGAUUCUCAUCAACCAGUACUUAAUGAUCUACAGAGAGUCAAAGACCAGCACAAAACCAGCAUGAAGAAAAAGUACGAAAGCUUAUUUGAGGGAGUCAAACUACAAGAGAAUCAAACCCUCCUGAACAGGAUUUACACACAGUUGUACAUCAUAGAGGGAGAGAGUGAAGGAGUGAAUGAAGAACAUGAGGUGCUACAGAUUGAGAAAGGUUACAGGAUACUUCAAGACACUCCAAUCAACUGCAAUGACAUCUUUAAUCCUUCACAUGAACCAGCAGAUGAGGAGAUUAGAAAAGAGAUGAAAAACAAAAUAAAGACUGUUCUUACUAAAGGCAUCGCUGGAAUUGGAAAAACUGUCUCUGUGCAGAAGUUCAUUCUGGACUGGGCCGAGGGAAAAGCCAAUCAGGAUGUAGAUUUCAUGUUUGUUUUUACAUUUCGAGAGCUGAACUUGAUUAAAGAUCAUCAGUACAGUCUUCACAGACUUCUGCUGGACUUUCAUUCUGAACUUCAAGAUCUGGACCCAAAGAUUUACGAUGAAUGUAGAGUUGUGUUCAUCUUUGAUGGUCUGGAUGAAAGCAGAAUCUCACUGAUGUUUUCAGACAGUCAGAAAGUUUCUGAUGUGGCUCAGAUAUCAUCAUUGGGUCUGUUGAUAUCAAACCUGAUGAAAGGAGAUCUACUUCCCUCUGCUCUCAUCUGGAUCACCACCAGACCAGCAGCAGCCAAUCAGAUCCCCUCUGACUACAUAAACCGUGUGACAGAAAUUCAGGGAUUCAGUGACCCUCAGAAGGAGGAAUAUUUCAGGAAGAGAAUCAGCGAUGAGCAUCAAGCCAGCAGGAUCAUCUCAAAUAUCAGAAGAGCAAGAAGCCUCCACAUCAUGUGUCACAUCCCCGUCUUCUGCUGGAUCUCAGCCACUGUGCUUCAAAACAUCCUGAAACAAGAUGCAGAAAUCCCUCAAACUCUGACUGAAAUGUACAUCUACUUCCUGCUCAUUCAAACAAACAUGAGGAACCAGAAGUAUGAACGGAGACAUUCAGAGAAACUCCUGAAGUCCAACAGAGAAGUGGUUGUGAAACUUGCUGAACUGGCUUUCAAUCAGCUAAUGAAGGGCAAUGUGAUGUUUUAUGAGGAGGACCUGAGAGAGAGCGACAUAGACGUCACUGAUGCUUCAGUGUAUUCUGGGAUCUGCACUGAGAUCUUUAGAGAGGAGUCUGUGAUUCAUCAAAGGAAGGUUUACAGCUUUGUGCAUCUGAGCUUUCAAGAGUUUUUUGCAGCACUGUAUGUGUUUUACUGUUAUUUACACAAAAACAGUGAGGUUCUGAAAAUGUUCCUGAUAGGAAAGUCCAGAUCCCAUUGUGAGAAUGUGGAUGUGCUUCUUAAGGGAGCAAUAAAUAAAGCCUUGCAGAGUAAAAAUGGACACCUGGAUCUUUUCCUUCGAUUUCUUCAUGGCAUCUCACUGGAGUCCAAUCAGAGACUCUUACAGGAUGUUCUGAUACACACAGAGAAAAACCCAGAGAGCAUUAAAAAAAUAAUCCACAACCUCAAACGAGGUCAAAAAACCAAUGUUAGUCCUGAAAGAUGGAUAAAUCUGACACACUGUUUGAUUGAGAUGAAGGAUAACUCAGUUGUUGAAGAAAUGCAGGCAUUUUUAAACUCUAACAAAACAAAACAAAAAAGUCUUUCUCUUGCACAAUGCUCAACUUUGGCAAACAUAAUCUUGAUGUCAGAGGAGAUGCUGGAUGAGUUUGAUCUUAAAAAAUUCACCAUUAAAUCAAAAGAUGGGAGUCAGAGGCUGUUACCCGCUCUCAGGAACUGCAGAAAAGCUCUAUUAGCAGGCUGUAAUCUCACUGGUCAGCACUGUGAAAUUGUGGCUUCCGCUCUACAAUCACCAAACUCACCUCUGAGAGAGCUGGACCUGAGUAACAAUCCUCUGCAGGAUUCAGGAGUGAAGCUGCUCGCUGCUGGACUGAAGAAUCCAAACUGUCAACUCAACAUACUGAGAUUAUCUGGCUGUAUGGUGAAAGAGAAAGGUUGUGCCGCUCUGACAUCAGCUCUGAGUUCAAACCUUUCACCCCUGAGAGAGCUGGACCUGAGUGACAAUGAUCUUCAGGAUUCAGGAGUCAAACUGCUCGCUGCUGGACUGAAGAGUCCAAACUGUAAACUCAACAUACUGAGAUUAUCUGGCUGUAUGGUGAAAGAGGAAGGUUGUGCCGCUCUGACAUCAGCUCUGAGAUCAAACCUUUCACACCUGAGAGAGCUGGACCUGAGUAACAAUGAUCUUCAGGAUUCAGGAGUAAAGAUACUUUGUGCUGGACUGAAGACUCCAAAUCAAAUCAUGAUACUCAGAUUAUCUGGCUGUAUGGUGACAGCAGAAGGUUGUGCUGCUCUGUCUUCAGCUCUGAGUUCAAACUCCUCACACCUGAGAGAGCUGGAUCUGAGCUACAAUCAUCCAGGAGAUUCAGGAGUGAAGCUGCUCUCUCAAACACUCAAACAUCUGGACAAACUCAAUGUGGAUCAUGGAGAAGAAUUCAGGAUUACAACAGGACCCCGAAAAUACGCCUGUGAUCUCACACUGGACCCAAACACAGCAAACACUCGACUCGUUCUGUCUGAAGACAACAGGAAGGUGAUGAAUGUGAAAGAGAUACAGCCAUAUCCUGAUCAUCCAGACAGAUUCGAUGUGUGUCAGGUUCUAUGUUCAGAGACUCUGACUGGACGCUGUUUCUGGGAGAUUGAGUGGAGCGGAGAUAGAGCUGAAAUAUCAGUGUGUUAUAAAGACAUCAAGAGGAAAGGAGGGAGUACUGACUGUUUGUUUGGACGUAAUCUGAACUCCUGGAGUCUGAACUGCUUUGAUCACGGAUUCACUGUUCAUCACAAUAAUAACUCCACAUAUAUCUCUUUUCCUGAAGACUCCUGUAAGAGAGUAGGAGUGUUUCUGGACGAGUCGAGCGGCUCUCUGUCCUUCUACAGCGUCUCUGACACACACACACUCACACACUUACACACAUUCACACACACAUUCACUAAACCUCUACUCACUGGGUUUAGACUUCAUGAAACAAACUCUUCAGUGUCUCUGUGUCACAUUAAACAUUAAACACACACACACACACACACACACACACACACACACACACACACACACACACUCUCUCUCUCUCUCUCUCUUUCUCUCUU